GCACCGUUUGAAUUCAUUCAGCUGAUUCAGUUUUAGUAUGAAAACGUGAGCCGUCAUUUGAGGACGACGUUACAUCGGAGUCUUACGUUUCGUUAUUAAAACGUCAAAUCGUUUUUUAUCGCCAUCAUUUUUUUUGUUUCUUCUGUCAUUUUUUUUGGAGAAGACUGCAGUUCUUUUUCUGUCAUUUUUUUUGUCGGUCGGAGGAACUGUUUUUUUUUUUUCUUAUUUUUUGUUUUUAUUUUUUCUUCCGUUGUUGUUGCUUGUUUCGUGUGUGUUUUGUGUCACACACGGGGAGAUUUUUUCUGUCUGUCUGUCGGACAUCCGGUCGCGUGCAAGAGCCCAGGUGGAGAGGAAGGCUCGUAUUGAUUGAGUGAUUGUUGUUCUUGUUGCAAUGGAUUACCAGUGUUUUUCUUUGUUGCUCUUAUUUUGUAUGUUGUUGUUGCAAUUGCAUUGAAAGGAAGUGUUUUGUGUUGAACCUAGCCUAAAAAAAAAUUACAUAAAAACCCCCCAAUUACCAAAAUUAAUGAAGAAAUAAAAGAAAAGAAAAAUCGGGGUGAAUUUUUGGAAUUAUUUCAUAUAAACAAACAGUGCUUUGCGAGUAACUUAGUUCUCUCAAGUAAACUGUUAACGUCACGUGUUUACUUUACUUUGACAGCAGUUCCGCAUGGAAGAUAUCGCCAAGUAAUCGAGAAACACCGACCGAGAGAGAGCAAGACGAUCGGUGGUGGUGGUUUGGUUAUUAUCAGCUUUGACUUCGAAAGAUUAUUGUAUGCAUUACUUUUGAAACAAAAAAAGCAACAAAAAAAAUAUAAAAAGACACUGCAGAUACUCUUCUUCUUCCACCGUUCUGUAACUUCCCGAGCAACACAAUAAAACCCGACUUAACUCCUCGUUUUUGAUGCAAUCUUUAAGUUUUCAGAGCCUUAACAUUUCCGCCCGUCUUCGUAGUCGUGUGUGCUCUUAUUUGCUUUUAGUUCAUUUUUAAUUUGUCUUUCUUUUGAAAAAUCAUAAAAAAAAAGAGUGAAUACAAAAAGAUAAAUGAUUGUGUCGGAGUUUGUGUGAGAGCGAAUAACGGAAGAACCUAAAAACAAAAGUAAUGACAAACGUAAAAAGGGUGUAAUGUAUGAUUACAUCACACUCGGCCCCCCUUUGGGACAACAACAAAAACAAGGAAUCAUCAUCAUCAUAGCAGUGCUCAGUUUGAUGUGACCAAAAAUUUUUAAGUGUUAAAAAUAAAAAAAUUGUAAAAGAAAUUAAAAAAAAAAUAAUUUUUAAUUACAAGCGCGAGAAACUAAACGAUUUUUAUUACUUCAAAUAGAAAAUAAUACAAAAAAAAAAUCAUUAAUCUUGAUUAAAGUGUUAAAUAAAAUAUUAAAAAAAAAAAAUAGUGAAAAGUGCGGGAAAAUCUAGAUAAGCUCAUUUUUCUUUCUUUUUAUUAUUUUUUUUGUUUGUUAAUUUUUCAAGUUUGUAAGAAGUUUCGUCAUUAUUCAUCUUGACGUUAUUUGGAUGUGUUGAAAGGUGUAAAAAAAAAAACAGAGUCGAAUAUUUUUCGUCUUUGUGCAUUUUCUUCAAAUUCGUGGAAUGGAAUGAAGAAAAAGCAUUUUUGAAUAUUCGGUUUUUUAGUUUAUUUUGUUAUUUUUUUUUUUUUCGUUUUUUUUUUGGUGAAUUAUUCGUGAGUGUGUGGAAGCAUCAUGUUUGGAAUUUUCAGGAAGCGCACGUAUAGAAAACAAAUUCUUGAUAUGAAAACAUUAGAAGAAGAAAAAGAAGAACUUCAGGAUGUGGCACCACCACCAAGUUAUAUUCGAAUUUCCGAUGGCAAGGUGUCACUUGUCCAUCAGCCUUUGUCAUGUGAAACUAACACGAAGGAUAAGGAGGUCUUGGAAGAGCGGAUUAUCGAACUUGAAGAGGCACUCAUUCGGUUGCAGGAUAAAGUUAAUAACAGUCAAUGCGGGUCACCGACUUUCGAGAGGGAUCUCAGGGAGCAGCUAGAAAACAUGAAUCGAGCAAUGAAGUCGAAGGACCGCAAAACAGUGCAGGCGUGUAGGGACAAUAAAGCGCUUCAGGCAAGAUUUGCACGCCAAGAAACACUCCUUCAUAAUAUGCAACAAGAAAAUAAAGCCCUCACACUGCGAAUCCGUCAAUACGAACAUUGUCUAGAUGAUGUGAUGCGAAAAGUCGUUGAUGCCAUUGUGCUGGAGGAUAGCUUGCGUCAAGAGGUUUCUGUGCUUAAAAGUCGUGUCUAUGAAUUAGAGGCACAAAAUGCUGUCCUAUCCGGUAGUCCAGCAAAGGGUAAAGAUGAAGGAUAUUGCACAAUGAGCAGUGGCCAACCGCAACCAUCGAAUGGACAUUUGGAAGACUUGCCCGAGGAACCAGAGCAAUGGCUUCUGCCCGCCGAACCUUGUUCGACAGAAAUGGAAGAUUGGAGUAUGUCACAAGAAGAAUUGGGUGUAAUAACACUGGAGGAUGAAGUGAUUGAACAUGAACGAGAGCAUGAACGUGAUUGGAUAUGGAAUACGAGUGAUUUUCUCAAUUCCACUAUGAUGGCAUCACAAUCAGAAGGAAUAGCGAAACUACUACAACAAACAAUCGUCUUUUCUGAAGACGAAGAAGUCGCUUGUGUAGAUUUCACUAAGGACUUUUAUAAAUUGGUCAAUAUCCCAUCGGGGAGUACACGCAGUUUGUAUUCCUAUCUAGAUGCGGAAACUGACGAUGAAGACGAUACUACAUCGGAGAAUUGUCGAACUAGAGGUCCAAGUCCAACACCAAGUGAAGCUGGACAAGCACAAGUCACCAGUUGUUCAUCGAGUGAAUCGGAUGAACAUACGAGGUGUAUAGCCGAGUUGCCAGAAUUAGUUAGCAGUUGUAGUUAUGAGGAGCCACAAUGUAUAUUAAGGAAUAUUCAAAAUGAUGAGGUGAAAACGUCAAAGAGUGAAGCAACGACACCAACUAAUUUACCAACGCUGACGUCGUCAACGGCGACGCCAGCGGCUUCUUUAGUGGCUGUGACAACUAAAACAACGACGACAACUGUAACAGCUGGUCUUAAAAGUGGUCCGUCGUGGCGAAGGAGUAAUGGCUGGAAGCGAUUACCUUCGCUAGAAUCUCCAACAAAAAAGGAAAACAAAUCAGAAAAAUCAUCACCAACGUCUUCAUCAUCAUCACCAUCCACGCCACCAAUAAGUAGAAUUCCAACAUGUAAACAAUCAUCGCCAAUACGAAAAUCAAAAAUACCUCCUCCUGUUCCAGUCCGACGUUCCUAUGCAAGUUAAUAAAUUUGUCUAUAUUUAAAAGCAAAAAAAAAAAAAAUAUUCAAAAUUUUGUUUGAAAAAAAAAAACAAGAAUAUUAAAUUGCAAAAAAAAAAAACGCUCUUCUUCAUAAGCAUUAAAAACUACUUUAUACAUAAAAUUCGUAGGAUUUCAUUUUUGUAUAAAGAAAAAGACUUAAUUGUGAUAUAUUAUACAACACGAAAAAAAAAAUAAAAA